UAUAUAUAUAAAUCCAUAUGCAUAAAUUAAUCAUUCUUACUUUCAAAUGAACACGAACUGUCAUAGUGUAUUAAAAACAAACCCCUCACUGCACGUCAGCUGCACCUUCAGCAAACCUCCUGAUACCUGCAGCACGAGGACUUUAUGAAAGUUUAUGAGCGUCAAAGGUUGUGGAUCUGUUAACCAAAUAUUUGACUACGUGUCCCUGCAUACCAAACAACAAAAAAAUAAUACAAAACGAUAUAACUAAAGCAAUAUCCACUGUGCUGGUACAUUAAUGAAGUGUUUUAGCAGUGAUGUAAACCAGUGUUUCCCAAUCCUGUUCUUGAAAGCACAACAGUACAUAUUUCAGAUGUCUUCCUUAUCUGACCCAUUCAUUUCAGACUUUAGAGUCUUUUCUAAUGUUCUGAUUAGUUGAUUCAUGUGUGUUUGAUUAGAAAGAGGUUGAAAAUGUGUACUGUUGGUGUGCCUUGGGGAACAGGGUUGGGAAACACUGGUUUAGUAUUUCUCAACCACGUUGCUGGAGGACCAGCAGCUCUGCACAUUUCCAGAUCUCCUUAACCAAACACACCUGAUUCAGAUCAUCAGCUCAUUAGCAGAGACUGAAAGAGCUGUUAUGGGUUUGACAGACAAAGAAGACAUCCAAAACAUGCAGUGUUGGUGGUCCUCCAGGAACGUAGUUGAGAAAAACUGGUCCAAGAUCAUUUUGGCAGAUCCUUGAUCUUUUAAUCUUGAUAACUCAUCUCUGGGUAUUCUGGUUCUUCAAACAAGUUCGCUAAUCAGAUUAAAAUGUCUAGAUUAACUGAUCUGAGAUCACUGCGUGUGCUCAUGAUCCUCCAAAUCAAGAUCAGCAAUCCAGCUAUUGGCCAACGGCAGAGCAGCUUAAUGACAUCAUCAGAUUAAUAUUCAAUUCCACCAGGGGGCGUUCCCCUGCUCUCAUGACGUCAUGCAAGUGAAUCCCUGCCCACAUUAGUGAGAGUUUAAAUGCUGAGGAAUAUUCCCAUCUUCCCACAGCUGAAGAAGAAGCAAACAGGAGGAAUUAUUGCAGGAGAAACAACUGACUUAAAGAUGGAGAUGGAGGAAGAACCCUGCAGAAUAAAAGAGGACGAGACAGAAGAAAAAAUAGAUGAAGAUGGAGAUGCAGGCAGUUCACAGACUGAACAAACCUUCAGACAUAAACAAGCUGAAAAGACUGAAGGCGAAAAAUCUUUCAGCUGCUCUGAGUGUGGGAAGAGUUACAAACAUAAAAUCAGUCGUUAUAAACACAGAAGAUUUCACACUGGGAAAGGCCUGUUCAUGUGCACUGAGUGUGGGAAGAGUUACUCGGAUAAAUACACUUUCAGAGAUCAUCAGCUCUCUCACUCUGAUAUAAAGCCAUUCAGCUGUGAUCAGUGCGGUAAAACAUUUGUGUUGGAAAAGCACUUGAGACAACAUCUUCAAGUUCAUUCUGCUGUGAAGCCUCACAUUUGUUUCUGUGGGAAAAGUUACACAACAAUAUACAAGUUAAAAGAGCAUCAGGUUAUUCACACUGAACCUCAUGUGUGCUCCGACUGUGGGAACACCUUCAGUUCAUUAACCAACUUAAGACGACACCAGAAUAUUCACACUGGAGAGAAACCGUAUCAGUGUUCACACUGUGAGAAGAGUUUCACACAACCAGGAGGCCUGAAAGCACAUGAGAAAGUUCACACUGGAGAGAAAUGGUAUAGCGGGCGGCUUAAAAAGACACCAAAGGCUUCACACUGGAGAGAAAUCGUACACGUGUUCAGACUGUGGAAAGAGUUUCUCUCUGUCAUCUUCCUUGAAAACUCACCAGAGUGUUCAUACUGGAGUGAAACCGUAUAUGUGUUGACUGUGGGAAGAUCUAUAGUUCAUCGGGCGGUUUAAAAAGACACCAGAGGAUUCACACUGGAGAGAAUCUGUAUCAGUGUUCAGACUGUGGAAAGAGUUUCAAUCAGUCAGCUUCCUUGAAAAUUCACCAGAGUGUCCACACUGGAGUGAAACCUUACACGUGUUUUGACUGUGGAAAGACCUUCGGUUCAUCAGGCUAUUUAAAAAACACCGGAGGAGAAAAGCUGCAUUACUGCUCUUCAGGGAAGAGUUUCGCUUAUAGCCCAAAGUUGCCUGAAUAAGAAUUGCUUCACAAUGAAAUCCAUCAGUUACUAGUAAACCGGUGUAGUUUUCAGAUAUACAGUAAAAGCUGGAUUAUCUCCAUCAGACUGAGUUCAUCUUAAGAAUUAAUUGUGUAUUUGAGCAUUUCUGAAUCAAUGGCAGCAUCUGUUCAUUCAGUCUGUCUGUGGGUUUGUUACUACAGGUCUUGUGUUGGUGUUCAGCUGUUAAAAUAUCAGUGAAGUUUAGUCAUUUUAUUAUAAAACAGGUUUAUUAAUGGUUUCAUUUACUAAAUGCCUUGUGAAGUGAUUUGUACUGACUGUAAAUUUUGUAACUGAAAUAAAAACCAAACCACAUUA